AACUCAGAGAGGACUCGCUGUUAGGACGGCUCGCGUACCGGUCGGAAAAUGGCGGAUAGACGGCGAGAUAGUACUGCGAGUAAGGGCCAGGGGAAGCCUGCGAUAGACCUGGACUAUGUGCUGGUGAACGAGCUCGGCCAGUUCGGCCGCUUCCAGAUCUACAACCUACUGUUGGUGGCCGUACCUAUCGCCAUGUCGGCUUUCAUGAGUGAAUUCAACUUCUCAGCAGCUGCUAUCCCUCACAGAUGUCGUGUGCCCGAAUGCGGUGAGACAAAAAAGAGUUCUCUAUUCGAACCCGAAUGGAUUAGCAACGCCAUCCCGCAGACUUCCUCAGGAUUCGCCAGCUGCGAGCGGUUCGUUCCAGUGGAUGGAGCUAACGGCUCGCUCGACUACUGUCCCGCCAAUCUGUUCCAGAACGACACAGUGGGUUGCGAUGGCUUUGUCUACGCUCGGGAUAACUCUGUUGUGUACGAUUUCGACCUUGGCUGCCAAGAAUGGUCCCGUGCAUUAGCUGGUACUCUCAACAGCGUGGGAACCCUACUGGUGCUGCCCAUCAUCGGGUUCGUCUCGGACAAGUUUGGUCGACGGGUUGCCCUCAUAGUCAGUGUAUUUAAUCUGGCAUUGUGCGGCCUCAUCAGGGCCUUCUCCGUCAACUACCCCAUGUACCUGGCCUUUCAGCUCAUUCAAACGACGCUUGGAGCUGGAACUUUUAGUUCUGCUUAUAUUUUUGCUACUGAAUUCGUUGGUCCGAAGUAUCGUGUGUUUACAAGUGCUACCUGUUCAUCCAUGUUCGCCGUGGGGCAGGUAAUCCUCGGCAGUGUUGCCUGGCUAAUCCAGCCUUGGCGGUACAUGAUCAUGGCCCUCCACAUCCCGUGCUUCCUCAUUAUUAUCUACUACUGGAUCCUGUCGGAAAGUGUCAGGUGGCUACUGUCGAAGCAGAGGUUUGACGAUGCCAAGAAGGUGCUUGAAAAAGCAGCGAGGACCAAUAAGAAGGAAAUCAGCGAGAAGUCAAUGCAGGCGCUGUUGACGCCGCCAGCAGUUCCGGAGCACAAGGUGGAACGUCCUGGGGUGUUCAAGACCAUUAUAAAAUCUCCCAUCCUGCUCCGGCGCGUGUGCACAACGCCCAUCUGGUGGAUCACGACUACGUUCGUGUACUACGGACUGUCCAUCAACUCCACCGGCCUGUCGGACACCAUGCACCUCAACUACAUCCUCACAUGCGCCAUCGAGAUCCCUGGCUUUUACACCGCCGUGCUCAUCUUGGACAGGAUCGGCAGGAAGCCCACUCUCUCCGGCGCAUUUAUUUUUAGCGCCGCUUGUAAUCUCGCCUUCGCUUUUAUUCCUGAGGACAUGACUGUGGUGCGCCUGAUAAUAUUCCUGCUGGGCAAGUUCGGCAUCUCCACGGUGUUCACGUCGCUGUACCUGUUCACGUCCGAGCUGUACCCCACCGAGUACCGCCACAGCCUGCUCGCCUUCUCUUCUAUGGUCGGACGUAUCGGCUCCAUCACUGCGCCACUUACGCCUGUCCUGAUGGAGUACUGGGCUGGUAUUCCCCCAGUGAUGUUCGCAUCCAUGGGCUUCCUCUCCGGAGUGCUGGUCCUCACACAACCAGAGACCCUCGGCACGAAGAUGCCUGAUACCCUAGCAGAGGCAGAGAUGAUAGGCAAGCCAGAGUCCAAGAUUCAGCGCUAGAACAGUUCGCUACACUGCAAGGGUACUGACUUUGUAUAGGAUGGGUGUGUGAUGUGAUCCUAAAUUGAUAUGCUUAGAACCUUAUGGAUUAAAUACUUACCUACGCUACGUUUAAAGUCGUAAGUUCUCGGAGCAAUAAUUUACUUAAGACCUUUCAGUAUCAUUUUAGCAUUAUUUCCUUGAAGAAUUAAGUCAAGGUCAAUGUUUAACACAGUUAUAUAAGGGAUUUUCUCAUUUCUGUUGAUUUUAAAAUAAAAUAUUAUUAUAAUAAUUAAACAAGACUGUUGUUUUGUUAGAUGUAUUUAUUUUGCUGACCAAACUUUGUUGAUUAUUAAGAGCAAAAUCAGUUAAUCAUGUUGCGUUAGAAUUAUUAUAUAUUAUAAUGGUGGCAAUGAGUAGAUAUGUUUGUUUUCAGUCUUUAUAUAUUAGAGACUUAUAUAUAAUUCAUAAAUAUAAUAUAUUAUAUGAUUUUAACGGUA